AUGGGUAAUAUUUAUAUGUCGAAUGUGGGAAGUCAUCAGAUAACACGUUGGUCGCCAGGUGCAAUAAAAGGUGCUCCUGUUGUUGGUGAAAAGAAUAUGGGAAGUGGAUCCACGCAGCUCAGCUAUCCAUAUGAUUUAUCAUUCGAUCGACAGGGUAAUCUUUAUGUUGUCGAUAUACUAAACGAUCGAAUACAAAAAUUUGUUAUUGAUCUUGACUGA